AUGGGAUUACACAGAUUAGUGGCGUUUAAAAGGCGGAGGAGGACUGGACGAGUUCAAACCCAGAAACAGAGCAACAACAAAGCAGCAUCAGCAGCAGCGGAAAAGCAACACAAACAGUUCAUCACAAUGGCAGAUGUCGCAGCUCCCGCCGUCUCAAAGGCUCCCCCCAAGUUCAAGCAGAGGGCCAUGCGCACAUUCAAGAGCAAGGCCCCCAAGCCCGGACAGAAGGGAUUCGGAGACGACAUCCCCGGCAUGGAGGGCCUGGGCACAGACAUCACAGUGGUCUGCCCAUGGGAGGCAUUUGGAGACAUGGAGCUCAGUGACCUGGCCAAAUAUGGAAUCGUCUAA